AGCUCACUCGCUGGCAAACAGAGCUAGAGACGAUCGAUGGCCGUGUCACGCUCCGGUGCGGCGGGGGUGGCCGGCGGCGGCGACACGACCGACGACGCGGACCGAGCGCGGCUGCACAAGCUCGGCUACAAGCAGGAGCUCAAGCGCGGCCUCUCCCUCAUGUCCAACUUCGCCUUCUCCUUCUCCAUCAUCUCCGUCAUGGCGGGCGUCACCACCACCUACAACAGCGGGCUGAGGUACGGCGGGCCGGCGUCCAUGACGCUCGGGUGGCUGGUGGUGGCGGCCUUCAACGGCUGCGUCGCGCUGUCCAUGGCGGAGAUCUGCUCCGCGUACCCGACCUCCGGCGGGCUCUACUACUGGAGCGCCAAGCUCGCCGGCAGGGAGUGGGCGCCCCUCGCCUCCUGGGUCACCGGCUGGUUCAACAUCGUCGGACAGUGGGCUGCUACGACGAGCACGGACUUCUCCCUGGCGCAGCUGGUCCAGGUGAUCGUCUUGCUGGGCACCGGCGGGGCCAACGGCGGCGGGUACACGGCCUCCAAGUACGUCGUGCUGGCCAUCCACGGCUUCUUCCUCGUCCUGCACGGCCUCAUCAACAGCCUCCCCAUCCGGUGGCUGUCCUGGUGCGGCAAGCUCGGCGCGUUCUGGAACACGGCGGGCGCGUUCACGCUGGUGAUCCUCAUCCCGGCGGUGGCCAAGGAGAGGGCCAGCGCCAAGUUCAUCUUCACGCACUUCAACGACGACAACGGCAUGGGCAUCCAUGGCAAGGCCUACAUUCUCGCCCUCGGCCUCCUCACCAGCCAGUACUCUCUGCUCGGCUACGACGCGUCCGCUCACAUGAUUGAAGAGACGAAGAACGCGGACUGGAGCGGGCCGAUGGGGAUCAUCAGCUCGGUGGCCCUCUCGACCACGUUCGGGUGGAUCUUCCUGGUGGCGCUGACGUCGAUCGUGACGGACAUACCGUACCUGCUCAGCCCGGACAACGACGCCGGCGGCUACGCCGUCGCCCAGGCCCUAUACGACGCCUUCGACAGGAGGUACGGCAGCGGCGUGGGAGGGCUGGUCUGCGUCGGGGUCGUCGCCGUCGGCAUCUUCUUCGCCGGCGCCAUGUGCAUCGCCAGCAACUCGAGGAUGGGGUACGCCUUCUCGAGGGACAGGGCGAUGCCGCUCUCGCGGGUGUGGCUCCGUGUGAGCAAGAACGAGGUGCCCCUCAACGUCGUCUGGCUCUCCGUCGUCGUCGCCUUCGUCAUGGCCCUCACGUCGCUGGGGAGUCAGGUGGCGUUCCAGGCGAUGGUGUCGAUCGCGACGCUGGGGCAGUACAUCGCCUACGCGCUGCCCAUCUUCUUCCGGGUGACGACGGCGAGGAGGUCGUUCGUGCCGGGGCCGUUCCACCUCGGGAGAUACGGGGUCGCCGUCGGCUGGGCCGCCGUCCUCUGGGUGGCCUUCCUCACCGUGCUCUUCUCGCUGCCGGUGGCGUACCCGGUGGCCAAGGACAACUUCAACUACACGCCGGUGGCCGUCGGCGGCGUGUUGCUGCUCAGCGUCGGCGCGUGGGUGGUCAGCGCGAGGUUCUGGUUCGAGGGGCCCAUCACUAAUGUCGACUUGUAGCUACGGACCAAACAAUUCACGUGUCGCAUAGCUUCUCGUUUGGAACUUUGGAUUGUACUCGUAUAUAGUAUAUCGGCGCUGCUAAAAAUCAGUCGCGAAGUCUCAGUCGAUUGGCUAGCCGUCCGAUCUUUAGGACCUUGUAGAUUCGUGCUGGGUCACUUUUGUCCCUUGUUUCGGCCUGUUAAGGCGUGGGCAGGCCCGCUUUUGUUUUUCCCCGUCGAACUGGUAAUCCCGGUACGCGAGCGCUGCUGAUGGGCUGGGGCUGGGCUGUGUUCUGGUGCGGGUCGUUUUUAUUUUCUGUGUUUGUUUUGGGGCUGCAUUAAAGAGUGAGGAAGGGGAAGCGGCCACCCCGUGAUGAUUAAGAAGAGGAAAACGCCAAGUUAACUGCACUUUUUAGUGUUUAAUUUCAGUUAGUUUAGUUCUUUUGCUUCUUAUUCUGAAAUUAUUCUGAUAUAAUUGUAGCGCUGUGUGAGUAAGCAACAUGAGGUCUUGUCCUGGGACUGAUGCUAAUUGCAUGUCUGCUGCACCGUAGCAGUUUGUCACUGUGC